AUGGCAAAGCAGAUCAUGGUUAGGACCAGAGGAUUAGGUCGUGCCUUAGGUCAGCGAGUCGCUGUGAUUGCGGAUCACGUCGAUGAGCCAGUCAUCCCUGUGCCAGAUGUUCAGGAUGACCCGAUAGAGGCACCAGCUGCUAUAGAGGACAUUCCUGCGGACACAGGCGCAGAGGCUGCUGAGGACGCGCAUGAGGGAUUUCCGGGUGGUCCGAGCGACCCAUCCGUGUUGACCCUGUAUGCGGAUCACGUUGCUUGCUGUGUGUGGACGAGAGAGGAGCUUCCUGAAUUGAAGCUAUCCUCUCAUGGGAGGAAGGUCCACAGUUUAGGCAGGCCUGUCCCUACCAUUGAGGGACUUGUUGCUGGUAUAGGACUAAGUCCUCUGAUCGCGUGUUCGGUAGACACCGGCGAUCGGGGACUUUUGUUUGCGUUUGUGGAGCGGUGGCACCGGGAGACGUCUAGUUUCCAUCUCCCGGUGGGAGAACUCAUCAUCACAUUGGACGACGUCUCCUCGCUUCUCCAUCUUCCCGUUAUUGGCGACUUACACGCUUUUGAGCCCUUGCACGUGGACGAUGCAGUUCAGAUGCUGGUGGACUUAUUGAUGGUCUCUCCAGAGUCUGCUAGGGCCGAGACAGCCCAGUGUUGCGGACCGUACGUACGCCUGCAACGGGUACGUGAUAUAUACGAGCGCCGAUGCCAGACAGGUCAUUGGACAGCUGCGGCUCGCGCAUAUCUUCUUCACCUUUUGGGUUGCACUCUGUUUGCUAACAAGAGUGCAACCAAUGUCCAUGUUGUCUACUUGGAGGCCCUUCGUGACCUCAGUAUGACGGAGAUGUACGCUUGGGGAGUGGCUGCUUUGGUGCAUAUGUACGACCAGCUGAACGAUGCAUCUAUGAGCCACAGCCAACAACUCGACGGUUACAUCACAUUGCUGCAGUGCUGGAUUUACGAGCACUUUCCGUCGGUCGCGGACUCCACUGCUGAUCAGGAGUAUGACGAGGAUUCUCCGCGUGCGUGUAGGUGGAUUGCGACCAAGAAGACCGUGAAGAGCAUUCGUACGCUGACGUACAGGGAGCGCCUAGACCGAAUCCGGAUUCCGAAUGAAGUUUGUGAUGACAUUGCUGAGAGGUUGGAGCGCCAUCUGAGUCUAGGGGUGGUCACGCCUGGCUCAUCGACACAUGAGGUGAUCGAAGAAUGCCUCAGGUUGGUCAGGAGUGUGACACAGAACCAUCUUGUAUAUGUUAGGUCUAGACGCAGGCGGCGCACGGAUCAGGCGUAG